AUGGCACUUCUGUCCCCCACCGUGCUGGGGCUGCUGGGCAGUGCCAAGCACCCACGGGGCAGACAGGAGGCUGGCAGCAAGGAACGCUUCCACUGGCAGAGCCACAAUGUCAGGCAGAGUGGGGUGGAUGACAUGGUGCUGCUGUCCAGGAUCUGCGAGGAGGCCAUCGUGGAGAACCUCCAGAAGCGUUUCAUGGACGACUACAUCUUUACCUACAUUGGGCCAGUGCUGAUCUCCGUCAAUCCCUUCAAGCAGAUGCCCUACUUCACCGACCGCGAGGUUGAGCUCUACCAGGGAGCGGCUCAGUAUGAGAACCCCCCCCACAUCUACGCCCUGACAGACUCCAUGUACCGCAACAUGCUGAUCGACGGCGAGAACCAGUGUGCCAUCAUCAGCGGAGAAAGCGGAGCCGGGAAAACAGUGGCAGCCAAGUACAUCAUGGGCUACAUCUCCAAAGUGUCUGGGGGAGGAGAGAAGGUGCAGCAUGUGAAGGACAUCAUCCUGCAGUCCAACCCUCUGCUGGAAGCCUUUGGGAAUGCCAAAACCGUCCGGAACAACAACUCCAGCCGCUUCGGGAAGUACUUUGAGAUCCAGUUCAGCCGAGGUGGAGAGCCUGAUGGAGGAAAGAUCUCCAACUUCCUGCUGGAGAAGUCGCGGGUGGUGAGCCAGAAUGAGUGCGAGAGGAAUUUCCACAUCUACUACCAGCUCAUCGAAGGAGCAUCCCAAGAGCAGAGGCAGAACCUGGGCAUCAUGAACCCAGAUUACUAUUACUACCUGAACCAGUCGGACACCUACCAGGUGGAAGGCACCGAUGACCGCAGCGACUUCCACGAGACCAUGAAUGCCAUGCAGGUCAUUGGCAUCCGUGGAGAGGAGCAGCAGCUGGUGCUGCAGAUCGUGGCAGGGAUCCUGCACCUGGGGAACAUCAGCUUUCGGGAGGAGGGCAACUACGCACGGGUGGAGAACCCUGACUCCCUGGCCUUCCCUGCCUACCUGCUGGGGAUCGACCAGGAGCGCCUCAACCAGAAGGUGACCAGCAGGAAGAUGGACAGCAGGUGGGGUGGCCGCUCCGAGUCCAUCACUGUCACCCUCAACGUGGAGCAGGCAGCUUACACCAGGGAUGCCCUGGCCAAGGGGCUCUAUGCACGAGUCUUUGACUUCCUGGUGGAGUCCAUCAACAGGGCCAUGCAGAAGCCCUAUGAGGAGUACAGCAUCGGGGUGCUGGACAUCUAUGGCUUUGAAAUAUUUCAGAGAAAUGGCUUUGAGCAGUUCUGCAUCAACUUUGUGAACGAGAAGCUGCAGCAGAUCUUCAUAGAGCUGACCCUGAAGGCAGAGCAGGAGGAAUAUGUGCAGGAGGGGAUCAAGUGGACCCAGAUCCAGUACUUCAACAACAAGGUGGUGUGCGACCUGAUAGAGAACAAGCUGAACCCCCCUGGGAUCAUGAGUGUCCUGGAUGAUGUCUGUGCCACCAUGCAUGCCACCGGCGAGGGGGCAGACCAGACCCUGCUGCAGAAGCUGCAGGCAGCUGUGGGCACUCACGAGCACUUCAACAGCUGGAGCUCAGGCUUCAUCAUCCACCACUAUGCAGGCAAGGUCUCCUACGACGUGAGUGGCUUCUGUGAGCGCAACCGGGACGUGCUCUUCACCGACCUGAUUGAGCUCAUGCAGAGCAGUGAAUAUGGCUUCAUCCAGAUGCUUUUCCCAGAAAAGCUUGAGUCUGACAAGAAGGGAAGGCCGACCACCGCGGGCUCCAAAAUCAAGAAACAGGCCAACGACCUGGUGAACACACUCAUGAAGUGCACCCCACACUACAUCCGCUGCAUCAAACCCAACGAGACCAAGAAACCUCGGGACUGGGAGGAGAGCAGGGUGAAGCACCAAGUGGAGUACCUGGGCUUGAAGGAGAACAUCCGAGUGCGCCGCGCAGGCUUCGCCUACCGCCGCCUCUUCCACAAAUUCCUGCAGCGCUAUGCCAUCCUCACCCCCGAGACAUGGCCGUCCUGGCGCGGGGACGAGCGGCAAGGGGUGCAGCACUUGCUGCGCUCUGUCAACAUGGACCCAGACCAGUACCAGAUGGGGCGGAGCAAGGUGUUCGUGAAGAACCCCGAGUCGCUUUUUCUCCUGGAGGAGAUGAGGGAGAGGAAAUUCGAUGGCUUUGCCCGGGUGAUCCAGAAGGCCUGGCGCCGGCACGUGGCCGUCCAGAAGUAUGAGCAGAUGCGAGAGGAGGCAUCCAACAUCCUCUACAACUUCAAAGAGCGGAGGAGGAACAGCAUCAACAGGAACUUCGUGGGCGACUACCUGGGCAUGGAGGAGCGUCCGGAGCUGCGGCAGUUCCUGGCCAAGAGGGAGAGGAUUGACUUUGCCGACUGCAUCACCAAGUACGACCGAAGGUUCAAGCCCAUCAAGAGGGACUUCAUCCUCACCCCCAAGUGCUUCUACCUGAUCGGGAGGGAGAAGGUGAAGAAAGGUCCUGAGAAGGGGCAGGUCAAGGAGGUGCUCAAGAAGAAAGUGGAGCUGCAGGCGGUGAGCGGCAUCUCGCUGAGCACCAGGCAGGAUGAUUUCUUCAUCCUCCACGAGAAUGACUCCGACAGCUUCCUGGAGUCCAUCUUCAAGACGGAGCUGCUCAGCCUGCUCUGCAAACGCUACGAGGAGCUCACCCGCACCAAGCUCUGCCUCUCCUUCAAGGACACACUACAGUUUCGGGUGAAGAAGGAGGGCUGGGGCGGUGGUGGCACUCGCACUGUCACCUUCGUCAGGGGGCAGGGAGAUGUGGCCACCCUCAAGGCUGGAGGCAAAACCCUCACGGUCAGCAUCGGGGAUGGGCUCCCCAGGAAUGCCAAGCCCACGAGGAAGGGGGUAGCACAGAGCAGAGGUGGCGGCAGGCGUCCAGCACCAUCCCGAAGUGCCCCACCAGCCCCCAGAGGUGCCUGCAGGAAUGGAGCACCCCAGUUCCCACGUGGUGACCCCCGGGCUCCGAGGGACACCUAUCCAGUGCCCCAGAAGCAGGCCCGGGGGCCACCGGCCGCGGUGCUUCCCCCCUACAGCACCGGGCACCAGCCCAGGGCACGGCCACCCUCCGAGCACAACAUGGACUUCCUCAGCGUGCCCGACCAGGGGGUGGCUGGCAUGCAGCGCCGGCGGAGCCUGAGCCAGCGGCCGCCCCCUGCCCGGCGUCCCAAGCCCCAGCCCAAGGCCACCCUGCCACGCUGCCAGGCUCUCUACCAGUACAUUGGGCAGGACGUGGACGAGCUCAGCUUCAACGUGGGCGACGUCAUCGACAUCCUCCUGGAAGAUAUCUCAGGCUGGUGGAAAGGUCGACUGCAUGGCAAGGAGGGGCUUUUCCCUGGCAAUUACGUGCGGAAGAUCUGA